GGGAAUCUUUCUCUUUUUAAAGCAAAAAAAGAUUGAUUCUUGGAAGUGAAGUGAGGUUAAAAAAUUUGUAGAAUUUGGAUUCCAUCAUCGUUUUCUUUUUUCCUUUUUUUUUUUCCUUUGCAGAAUAUCUGAAAAUCUGGGUGGUAUUUUUCUUUUACUUUGGGUGGCUUUUUGAAGAAAGUGGUGAUCAAAUUGCCUAUUUGUUGAUUUUGGAUUUUGCUGGGGAUUUGCAUAUUAGAUUGAGCUUUAGUUGAUUAUAUACAUAUGGCUGUGGCUUUUACUCACCUUUCAUGGUGGUUAUGGAGUGGUAAACAUCAAGAACCUAGAAUUGCUAAUGGAUCUUCUUUAAGUUCUUCGCCGGAUUCCGGUUUAUUAGAUUCGGAUAAUCUGAAGUUUCCAUUGGUUAAGAGAGCUAAUAUGGCGUCUUCAUCUAGAAAAGUUAGGAGGAAAUGGCAUAGCCGUGAAGAAAGAAAGAUAGAUAGGGAAUAUGAUGUAGUUAUCGUCCCAUCGGACGGAGGGUGUGUUUCGGGGUCCGAAUCCGAUGGUUCAGAUUACUCCAUUGGAUGGAUGGAACCUCAUGGACCUGGUUUCAACAGUGAUGAUGAAUCAGACAAUAGCUUUGCUGUGUUGGUUCCAUGUUAUGGUCAUAGACAAGAUGAUAUGUUGGAAGAUCCAAAGAACAACCUUUUGGGUGCCAUUGUCAACAUUCCUAACUAUUAUUCUGCUGCAAGCAAAAAUUACGUGGAACAGUGGCUUUCAUCUCUGCAGACUAGCUAAUAUCCCGGACUAUCGAAGAUUCCUUAUGGAUCUUUAUUCUAUUACUCCAUCUGCUGGAAGAACUUGGUCUCGUGUUUCAUCGUCGAUAUAAAUAUUGUAUAAAGGUGCUGUAUAUACUGUAAAACUGAAAUCUGAGCUAUUAUCAACUAACGAGCAGCAAAAAAGGGUAGCUAAGAGACAAACACGAUGUGAAUAUCAGACCAGACAUGUUCUUUUCUGCUGUUUCUUUCGGGAGCUGAAGAUCGGUGUUUGUUCAUUUAUGCGUGUGUGUGAUUCGUUGGGGGACUUCACUUGGAGCAUGAAAGUUGUGUGUGUGUGUGUGCAUUGAAUUCUUUAGUGUAAAUAUGGUUUUUUGUACUUACUAAAAAUCGAACCAGAUUUUAUGCUGUAUUAUUUACUGUAAAUAAUAUGUGAAUAAAGUAUUUUGUAUAUAAA